GGAUCUUCAGUCGUAAAGCUCAAACAGCAGUGCACAUAGGUACUGACUUUUGUAACCCAGUAGACGCUCAGUAAUCUCUUUUGAAGCAAAAUGGUUCAAAUCGUUGGAAAGUACCAGCAUGUCGUUAGCUCUCCCGAGUUCGCAGACUAUCUCAAGGCUGUGGGAGGCGACGAUGCCAGGAUAGGGCUGCUCCUUAAAAGCAACCCAUCGUUAACGAUUUCCGAGGCUGGCGGUAAAUGGACAGUGACAGUUGGCAACGAAGGCAAGGAAUCCACUUCGGUUUUCAAGCUGGGAGAACCUUACGACGAAGUCUUGCCACAGGGCGCAACCCUGAAGAGCGUAACGAAACGCGAGGGCGACAAGUUCAUCACUGAGUCAACAGUACCCGACGGUAGGAGGGGUCUCAGAACUUACGAAUUCACUGACGCCGGUAUCACCGUGCAUCUGGUUGACGAGAAGAGUGGCGUUAAGGCCACGCGUACUUACAAGAGGAUUUAGAUUGAUUAGUCAUCGGCUAAAGUAUACCUUCGCUACAAACGGAUGCCGAACUCGGACACGUCUCUACCGAUAUAAAAAUAUGUAUAGAUUUUUCAAUGUGUAUCAAUAAAUAGUUUCAUACCGUGCAAUCUA